UUCAGGCUGGGAGCAGGCGGAACCUUUCUGUCGCGCUUUCUAUCAACCUGCGCGGCGGGGACGGUUUAGGCCACGCGCACCGCUCCCCACGGGUGCAGCAGCUUGCUUCAGCCGGCGGAGCCUGGCGUGUGGGGCUCCUGUUGGCUUCUUCCUUCGCCGUGAGUACCAUGGACGUGCUUGCGGAGGAAUUUGGGAACCUGACCCCGGAGCAGCUAGCUGCGCCAAUACCGACUGUAGAGGAAAAAUGGAGGCUGCUUCCAGCAUUUUUAAAGGUGAAAGGCCUUGUAAAACAGCAUAUAGAUUCAUUCAACUAUUUUAUUAAUGUAGAGAUAAAGAAGAUCAUGAAAGCCAAUGAAAAGGUUACAAGUGAUGCUGACCCCAUGUGGUACCUAAAAUAUCUUAAUAUCUAUGUUGGGCUUCCUGAUGUUGAAGAAAGCUUCAAUGUAACCAGACCAGUGUCCCCUCAUGAGUGCCGCCUGCGGGACAUGACAUACUCUGCCCCCAUUACAGUGGAUAUUGAAUAUACCCGGGGCAGCCAGAGGAUCAUCCGCAAUGCUUUACCCAUUGGCAGAAUGCCCAUAAUGCUUCGUAGUUCAAACUGUGUUCUUACAGGGAAAACGCCAGCAGAAUUUGCCAAACUGAAUGAAUGCCCUUUAGAUCCAGGUGGCUACUUCAUUGUUAAAGGAGUGGAGAAAGUUAUUCUUAUCCAAGAGCAGCUGUCUAAGAACAGGAUUAUUGUGGAGGCUGACAGAAAAGGGACAGUUGGUGCGUCAGUUACCAGCUCUACCCAUGAGAAAAAAAGCAGAACCAAUAUGGCUGUGAAACAAGGACGAUUUUAUUUGAGGCAUAAUACUUUAUCAGAAGAUAUACCGAUUGUAAUUAUAUUUAAGGUUCUUCUGCAGCUUGGGCUUUGGCUGCCAAUGCCAGAUGGCACCAUUUCUGAGGAAAGAGCUAGCUUUUGCUUAGAAGCCAUGGGUGUUGAGUGUGACCAAGAAAUUGUGCAGAUGAUUGGAACAGAGGAGCACGUGAUGGCUGCCUUUGGGCCCAGUUUGGAAGAAUGCCAGAAAGCUCAGAUUUUCACACAGAUGCAGGCAUUAAAAUAUAUAGGGAACAAAGUAAGAAGGCAAAGGAUGUGGGGAGGUGGACCAAAGAAAACCAAAAUAGAAGAAGCAAGAGAGCUCCUGGCUUCUACCAUCUUGACCCAUGUACCAGUUAAAGAAUUCAAUUUCCGAGCCAAAUGUAUCUAUACUGCAGUGAUGGUAAGAAGGGUAAUUCUGGCCCAAGGAGAUAAUAAAGUUGACGACAGAGACUAUUAUGGUAACAAGCGAUUGGAGUUGGCAGGACAGCUUUUAUCUCUUCUUUUUGAAGAUUUGUUCAAGAAAUUUAAUUCUGAAAUGAAGAAGAUUGCAGACCAGGUGAUUCCUAAGCAAAGAGCUGCCCAGUUUGAUGUAGUCAAACACAUGCGCCAAGACCAGAUUACCAAUGGCAUGGUGAAUGCCAUUUCUACUGGAAAUUGGUCUCUAAAGAGAUUUAAAAUGGACCGUCAAGGUGUGACUCAAGUGUUGUCUCGCUUGUCAUAUAUAUCCGCACUGGGCAUGAUGACAAGAAUCUCUUCCCAGUUUGAAAAAACAAGAAAAGUGAGUGGUCCUCGAUCGCUCCAACCAUCCCAGUGGGGAAUGCUCUGUCCUUCAGACACUCCUGAAGGAGAGGCAUGUGGUUUGGUAAAAAACUUGGCCCUUAUGACGCACAUCACGACUGACAUGGAAGAUGGACCCAUUGUUAGAUUAGCCAGUAACCUGGGAGUAGAAGAUGUGAAUUUAUUAUGUGGAGAAGAGCUCUCUUACCCAAAUGUGUUUCUCGUCUUCCUCAAUGGUAACAUCCUGGGUGUCAUUCGAGACCAUAAGAAGCUAGUGAAUACGUUUCGACUGAUGCGAAGAGCAGGAUACAUCAAUGAAUUUGUUUCCAUCUCAACAAAUCUUACAGAUCGAUGUGUCUAUAUUUCUUCUGAUGGAGGAAGGUUGUGCAGACCCUACAUAAUAGUUAAGAAACAAAAGCCUGCGGUCACGAAUAAGCAUAUGGAAGAGCUGGCUCAGGGGUACAGGAAUUUUGAAGAUUUCCUACAUGAGAGUCUGGUGGAAUAUCUAGAUGUGAAUGAAGAAAAUGAUUGUAACAUCGCACUCUAUGAGAAUACAAUUAAUAAAGAUACCACCCACUUGGAGAUUGAACCCUUUACUCUCCUUGGAGUUUGUGCGGGCCUGAUUCCAUACCCUCAUCAUAACCAGUCCCCAAGAAACACAUAUCAGUGUGCCAUGGGAAAACAAGCUAUGGGUACCAUUGGAUAUAACCAGCGGAACAGAAUUGAUACUCUAAUGUAUCUACUAGCAUACCCACAAAAACCUAUGGUUAAAACAAAAACCAUUGAGUUGAUAGAAUUUGAGAAACUGCCAGCUGGACAGAAUGCGACAGUUGCUGUGAUGAGUUAUAGUGGCUAUGAUAUUGAAGAUGCUCUUGUUUUAAACAAGGCCUCCCUGGACAGAGGUUUUGGACGUUGCCUUGUAUAUAAAAAUGCUAAGUGUACAUUGAAACGAUAUACCAAUCAGACUUUCGAUAAAGUGAUGGGGCCGAUAUUGGAUGCUGCCACAAGGAAACCCAUCUGGCGACAUGAAAUUUUAGAUGCAGAUGGUAUUUGUUCUCCAGGUGAGAAAGUAGAAAACAAACAAGUGCUCGUAAAUAAAUCCAUGCCUACAGUAACUCAGAUCCCCUUGGAAGGAAGCAGUGUGCCGCAGCAACCACAGUACAAAGAUGUGCCCAUCACCUACAAAGGGGCAACAGAUUCAUACAUUGAAAAAGUGAUGAUAUCUUCAAAUGCUGAAGAUGCUUUUCUGAUCAAAAUGCUGCUGAGACAGACAAGGCGUCCAGAAAUUGGAGACAAAUUCAGCAGUCGUCAUGGGCAAAAAGGUGUCUGCGGUUUGAUCGUCCCUCAGGAAGACAUGCCGUUUUGUGACUCUGGCAUCUGUCCGGACAUCAUCAUGAACCCUCACGGCUUCCCAUCACGAAUGACGGUGGGAAAGUUAAUUGAGCUGUUGGCGGGCAAGGCAGGCGUGUUAGAUGGCAGAUUCCACUACGGCACCGCCUUUGGAGGCAGUAAAGUGAAGGAUGUGUGUGAAGACCUCGUUCGCCAUGGUUAUAACUACUUGGGGAAAGACUAUGUUACAUCUGGCAUCACAGGGGAGCCUUUGGAAGCAUACAUUUACUUCGGCCCCGUGUACUACCAGAAGCUGAAACACAUGGUGCUGGAUAAGAUGCAUGCCCGUGCCCGGGGACCACGGGCUGUCCUUACCAGGCAGCCCACUGAAGGUCGAUCUCGUGAUGGUGGUUUGCGUCUUGGAGAAAUGGAACGUGACUGUUUAAUUGGUUAUGGAGCCAGUAUGCUUUUACUAGAGCGACUAAUGAUUUCAAGUGAUGCCUUUGAGGUUGAUGUCUGUGGGCAGUGUGGACUUCUGGGGUAUUCCGGCUGGUGCCAUUACUGCAAGUCGUCCUGUCACGUGUCUUCCCUUCGUAUUCCGUAUGCCUGCAAGCUGCUCUUCCAGGAACUGCAGUCUAUGAACAUUAUCCCCAGGUUAAAACUGGCCAAAUACAAUGAGUGAGGAUGGGAAGGUGACUAUUUAAAGAGAACAAACCAUAUUUUGCAACGCAGUGCAAAAUAGAAGGGACUGAGGACCAUAUCUGCUCCUGUGAAUAAUUCCUUUGACCGUUCUCUCGGAAAAAAAGCAAAAAUCGAUGGAAAGGCUUUUUUAACACUAGAAGACUGACUGAACACCCUUGAUUGGUGAGCCUCGGGCCGUGGAAGAGAUGCCAGCAGUGUGGACUAUAAUGCCGUUCCUCAUUCAUGAACUGAAUUUGAUUUGCAAAUGGACAUGACCUAAAAGAUAAAUAAACUUUUAUUUCUGUUCUGGUA